AUGAACAAAUGCAUUCUCAACUUCAAAUCUUCUUGCUCCACUUGCUCCUAUAUUGCACCAUCUCAAGUUCAAGAAACUAUCAUACCAAUACCUCCACCCCAAUGGCCUUUUCAACAAAUCUGUGCUGACCUAUUUUAUCUAAAUGGUAACGAUUACCUAGCACUCACAGACAGAUUCAGUGGAUGGAUUGAAGUUGCCCACUUUCAUCGAUCACUUUCCACAAACCGCAUCAUUCCUGUUUUUGAACAACUUUUCACGCGCUUCGGCUCUGCUGAAGAACUCAGUACUGAUGGUGGCCCUCAGUUUGCUUCAGAGGAAUUCAAGAAAUUUCAGGAAAUUUGGAGUGUGAAAGGUCGAAUCUCGUCAGCACACUAUCCACAAUCAAAUGGGCGAGCUGAACUUGCCGUAAAAACAGCCAAACGACUCAUCCGGGAAAAUUUACUGCCAGACGGUUCCCCAAAAAGUCGUUCAUUCGGCAAAGCACUUCUUCAAUAUUGA